AUGUAUCUGCCACGAUCCCUCAUUUCGAAUCUCUACCUCCACCUCCAGAAAACCCACCAUGCUCUCUCCGCGCCAGUGCUCAUCCUCGUCUCUCUCGAACCGGAUGCGCUCUGCGGCUGCCGGAUUCUUACCCAGCUCCUCAAGCGGGAUUUUAUACCCCACAAGAUCCAACCAAUUGCCGGAUAUGGCGACUUGGAGAAGGCAGGCCAGAAUGUCAUUCAGCCUAUGAUGGAGGGGAAUGGUGGCAGUGGCGGCGUGGUGGUCUGCUUGGGAGUAGGAGGCUUGGUUGAUCUGGGAGGACUGCUGGGCCUUGAUGGCGAGGAGGAGCAGAUUAAUUACGGGGGGGUAGAAGUGUGGGUUAUUGAUGCGCGCCGGCCCUGGAACUUGGGCAAUGUCUUCGGAGGCCAGCCACCAUCUGCGCAAAUCGAAGAAGGAGGGGAGGUAGUGAGCAGACCCCAGACGGGGAUUGAUGGGGCAAAAAUCCUCCGCAAUUACAAGCCAAGCAAGGGGGGAAUAAUCGUCUUUGACGACGGAGACAUUGAAGAGGAUCUGGCAGCUGAGCGAGACGCGUACCUUGCUCUGGUUGACAUGCCAGAGCUGGAGGAUGAUGGUGAGGACCUCGACGAAAGCGACACAGAGGAUGAGGAUGAAGAUAGCCCAGUAGAUCCAAAGCCUGGCCAAAAGCGGAAAUCCUGGACUGAUAGAGAUGAUGAGGAUGAGAGCGGCGACGAUGACGAUAGACCGCGGCAGAGGAGGAGAAGUAACUCGUCAAGCCCGAUUCCAGAUUCGCCGACCCGCCCAAAACAACGAGGCUUACUCUCACUCAACGGACCUGCAGCAUUGACUUCGAGUGCUGGUUCCAGAUCUGUUUCUCCUACCCCUAGCCAACCUCUCAAAGCUCCUUCGGCACGAACAUUACGGCGUCGACUCUUGAAGAUGCGGCGGCAACACGAAUCAGUACUUCGAAAAUACUAUUCUUUGGGAGCAUCAUAUUCUGAACCGAUAUCUUCGAUGAUGUAUUCUUUGGCCUCGGAACUUGGAAGAGAAAAUAAUGACCUGUUAUGGAUGGCAAUUGUCGGGGUUACUUCGAUGGAGCUAUAUGGCCGUUCUUCUGUGGGUGUUGCAGUCACUACUCAGAAGAUGUCAGCGUCUCCCAAAGGUUGGCUAGGAACUCGGGGGUCACGGAUAAGACAGUUACUUCGUGACGAAGUGCGCCGGCUGAAUCCUCCUGAGCUUUCAGAUUCAAGCUCCCAUUCGAAUCGAUACUCUCUUCCGGAAAACGGUGGGGUCAUUCCGACAACAGCAAGAAGCCCUACAGACACGAGCAUUCGGCUAUCCCCUGAACCCAAGCUCCUUCUUAUCCGUCACUGGAGUCUUUACGAUAGCAUGCUACACUCUCCUUAUCUCUCUGCGCGCUUACAUAUCUGGUCUGAUAACGGGAGGAAACGACUGCACAAGCUUCUUGCCAAGAUGGGCGUCAGUCUUGUUCAAUGCAAGCAAAGCUACACUCAUAUGGACAUGGAGCUAAAAAGAAGCCUGCGAUCUAAGCUGCUGAAGUAUGCGCAGAUCUACGGACUUGAUGACCUCGUUCCCUCGGAAGAUACCGACGGUAGAGACAGAGGUGGUACUAAGGAAGGUUGGGGCUUCGUGCGAAGUUGGGGCUGGCGAGCGACGCUGAGUGCGCAAGAUGUUGGUGUUGUUGUUGGUGCGAUAUUAGAAGUGGGUAAGAAGGCUGUUUCUACUCUGGAGAACAGAUCCAAUGAUCGAGGCAAAGACAUCAGGGGGACUUCAGACGAGGACGGUGCCCUGGAAAGCGAAGAAUGGGUUGGAAGGUUCUGGGAUGCUUACGAUGCUUUGGAUAAGAUCGAGGAAUUGAAGACAGCACUUCCAACAGCCCAGCUACUCCAUCGCGCCAUUCUUCGCACGGGAACAAGCCUCAUAGAGAAGCGGCAGAUUCUUCGGCUCAGAGCUUUCCGAAUGUGUGUCGUGAAGGAAGGGCCUGAUGUCACCUUGUUUACCCAUCCCGCCGCUCUAACAAAACUCGCACUUUGGAUCGGUGAAGCCAUCGUCCAGCAAGAAAUAGAAUCUAAAGGCAAGAUAAGCAACCAAGGUCGAGGAAUGCCACUUGUCGUAGCCGGCUUGAACGAAAGCAGAGGUGUCUAUAUUGUCGUGGGUACGGGCGGAGGAGGUGGGGGUGGCAUGGGCUUCGGCGAUAAGUAUGCCGCGAAAGCACGCAAGGAGAAACAAGAGGCCAAGCAGAAAGCUCGUGAGCUCAGACGGAAGAAUAAGGAGAAGGUUCGAGAGGAGAGACGAGAAGCUCGCCGCCUGGCUCUCGGCGACGAAGAAGACGAAGAAGAUGAGUCGGAGUCGGAACCGUCGGACUCAUCUGACGACGAUUCCGACGAGGAGGAGGACGAGAAAUCGCAAGUCCGAGGCUUCGGCAGGAAUAAAUUCGGCAACGCAUUUCAAGAAGUGGUUGAGGAGACGAGUGCGCGAGUGCGUAUUGACAGCUUCGAGCAUUGCGUGGUGGAGGUCAAGAGAGAGGAUCUGACGGGGUUCUUAGAGAGCUUGAGCACGAAGACUGUUGUGGGAUGA